AUGAAGUUCAACACGGCUUCGGCGAUGGCUUUCCUGCUCUACAGCGUCACUGCAUAUCCUUCUCCAUUCUCUACAUCGGCGUCACUGCAAUGCCCUUCCAUACCUCCGGACCCCCACGGCUGCAACGAGAGCCAAGGUCUAGGAUACACCGGGCCAGAGUCGGAUAAGUGGGUCGGCAGCGGAUUCACUCUUCAGUACGUCGACAUUGGCGCGGAUCUCGCCAGCAACUGCCACAACAUGCGGAACUUCAGAGGUGAAGCAGGAAAGUGCUACGACGUCAAUGGCAUAUGGUACACUUGCCGCGAAGCCAAGGGCUACACCUUCGACGGCAGCGCGAACUGCAAUGUGUGGGCGACUCCCGGAUGCGGUCACAACGGAACCUCACCUACGCAUUUGGAGAAGACGAGUGAGCAGACAUGGGGUUUCGACGCGAGCCACAAGUCUGCGAUGCGGGUGCUGAGCUACAAGUGCACGUAG